CUGCCUUUGAGAUGGACUGGAUCCUCUCUCUCGUACAAGUUGCGUUUCUGAUGGAGUGUGUUGACAGUUCUCAUUUCCGUGGUGGCAUCAUAACGUGGAAACCGGUUCCCAAAUCCAACUACAUGGUCGAGUUUUCCUACAAAAUAGGGUGGAGGAGAUCAUAUACUAGUCAUAACUGUACUGUGAAAAACAUCCAAGAACAAACCGUUAUGCCAGGCGAAGGAUCGUGGGAGUGUGCUUCAGGCUGCAGUGGAACUCUCUUACAAGCCGCUUAUGUUUGCACCGACUAUAGCGAAAUUGAAGACUGGAUACAAGGAGAAUAUACGUUCCAAUACUCUUUCGACAAUCCAGGACCAUUUGUUAUACAACAUACAAAUUGCUGUUGGAUGACUAAAUUGGCUGUUGGCGGAAGCGGCUCGUGGUCUGUUAGUACAACUGUUGAUUUGAAUCCCCGACCUCACAAUUCUCUAAUCAAUUCGUCACCAGUUUCAGCUUCUGCUCCAAUUAUCCGUCUUAUCAGUGGUUGUAGCUACAACAUCCCGAUCCACGUUGACGAUCCAGACGGAGACGAAGUGCGAUGUCGAUUUGGCAAUGGCAGUAGCGAAUGCGGCGGGGUAUGCCGAGCACUUCCUGGUGCAAACGUAGUUGGGAAACCUUGCUCGAUAAACUACACAGCUAACAGCACAAAUUGGUUUGCAGUUGCACUGAUAAUUGAAGACUUCACGAGUUCUUCAUCUACCACUCCACUCAGUAAAGUCCCAUUGCAGUUUCUGAUCCACGUACGAGAUGGAACUGGAGAGGCGUGCAGCAAUGCGCUCACCUUCAGUGAGUCCACAAUAAAAGAAGAGCAAGCCUGCAUCCCAGUUCCUCCGUCGGGAACGUUCAACACAUCAAUAGAAGUUAUCGAAACAAAAAUAUCGAAAUUAGUGGAAGUAAACUUGGUGGCACCUCCGGGUUUACUACAAUCGCCAGUCAAGCAAAUAGGAAGUAACAGAGGAGUCACAGUUGAGUGGACGCCCACUACAGCUCAAUAUGGCCAACACGUUUUCUGUUUUCUUGCUGUCGAUAACAAUGGGUUUACGACAGAACAGCGCUGUGUAACGCUUCUUGCAGGAGCGUCAACUCCGCAAUUGGCAUCUAACACUCUCACGCCUAUCGGUGCAGACACUCCCAUAAACCAACGCAUAUUCCAAGCAAAAUUUGAUCAAGAAGUUCUCAGACCAUCCGUUCACCGCUCCAUUAAGAUAAUGUCCACACUGUAUGAUCCUCCGAAAGCAGUUGUAUACCUAGAUGCAUCCAAAGCGGCAGAAGUGUCGGUCAAAGGCGACACACUCACAAUCUAUCUACCCGAAUACAUCGAUUUGCUCGACGAAGGCGUAAAGCAUUACAUUCUGAUGGACCCGGGAGCGGUAGUGGGACUGAUGUCUUGCUCGGGAGGAGGCUCUCCAUUCCGUGGCAUUUCAGAUCCGAACGAAUGGUCAUUUGACACAGUGAUACCAGAUCGUGAUCCAUGUGAGAAAAACGAUGGAAGGGGAGAGUGUGAGUAUCGAUGCGGAUCGGUCGGGAACUUAUACUGGUGCUGGUGCGAUCACAACGCGGGCUUUGUAGUUGGCCCCGAUGGCCACUCCUGUUUUCACCAAGAUUUCGUUGACAACUGUUCGUGUGUCAAUGGGGCGUGUACUGGAGGAGGAGCUUGCGAGUGCUUUAUUGGUUGGGAAGGCCAAACCUGCGCGACGCCUUUAUGUCGUUUCCAAGCCGAUUGCUCGAACAACGGAGACUGCAUCGCUCCUGAAGUGUGCGCGUGUAAGCCAGGAUGGGGCGGGCCUAAAUGCAACGUUAACGUCGACUUGUGCUCUCGCUACCGAUCCUGCAAAUCGUGCACGCGACAAACCGGAUGUGGAUGGCGCAAUGAAACGAAGCGAUGUUCAUCAGGAACCGGAUACGGACCGAUACACUGCUAAUAGCAGUGUCAUAGAGCAUAAGUUGAAUUUAAUACCACAAUCACACUGUUCAUUCAAAAACAAUUAAGUAAUGCCUUAAGUGACGUGUGUAUACAUAAAAGCUAUUAAUGGAGCUAAGAAUCUCUAUUCAUUUGCACAAUCAAAGUUCUGGUAGGUGACGACCUUUCAUUUACAAAUAGAUGGUUAUUCACUUUCCUAAGGCAAAGCUGUCGUAUACAUACAGAAUAAUUGCUGUUAAGAAGUAUGUUUAACCUCUGAGAAUAAUAGUGAUGAAACUUCUUGAGACGAAGAUAUUUGCAUGCAAGCAAAAGAAUUAUCAUUGUCUAUAAUGAUUGACUCG